AUGGUUACUUUUAGUUGUGAAGUUUGUAACGAAUCCAUGCUUAAAAAGAAAGCAGACCAACAUACUCAAAGAUGUUAUGGUGCUUACUUUACCUGUAUUGAUUGUUCAACCACCUUCAAUGGUGCUGAUUAUAGAAAACAUACACAAUGUAUAACGGAGGAUCAAAAAUACCAAAAGGCGUUGUAUAGACCUAAGAAACAACAACAACCUAAGCAACAACAACCAAAAGAACAACCAGAAAAAGAAUCAAAACCAGUGGAGGCUAAGAAAACUGAAAAGAAAUCUAAAGUUGAAAAGCCAAAAUUUGAUUUAGGCAAACAUAAAGGUGAAAAAUUGUACAAAGUUUUGAAGAAAUUGUCAAAAGACGAUAAAAAGACAUUAUUGAAAAAGAUUCAAAUAACGAAAGAUGGUAACUUAGAAUUAGCAUAA